AUGUCGGCAGCAGGUCCAGAGCUCCCGCCACACCUCCUGGCCAAGAGGAAGCGUCAGCAAAACGAGGAAGAGAAGAACCAGCCUGCCACCUCUUCCGGCGCAAACCCAGAAAGCCUCAAGGACAAACGCCAGAAAGUCGCUGGUCCAGAGCUGCCACCAACAGCUUCGCCAACACCAACAGGUCCCUCAUUACCGUCCCCGGUCCCAUCCACAACAGCCGGGCCUACCCUACCGCCCUCUGACUCUCGGCCAACCCGUCCUGUCGCCGGCCCUGCACCACCGCCAGCUCCCCUCGAUGAGCGUCCAUCAGCACCACCAGAUUCUGACGACGAUUCGUCCGACGAUGAUGAUUUCGGUCCAUCUCUCCCUACUGCAGCCGAUCUGAACCCUUCUACCACCAAUAUCGGGCCCUCAAUACCACAGCCGGCGGCAGCUCCUGUCAGAGCUCAGCGCGACGAGUGGAUGACACUACCACCACAGCAAGACGAUCUUGCAGCCCGUAUGGAUCCUUCCAAGAUGCGUGCUCGAGGCUUCAACACCGGCAAGAAUGCAAGAGGUGGUAACACAGCCCCGGCUGGAGGAAACAUUGCCGCCGCAUGGACAGAAACACCAGAGGAGAAACUCAAGCGUCUGCAAAACGAGGCCAUGGGUGUUAAGCCAGCCACUGCUGGUCACUUUGAUGCUAGAGAAGCUGCCAAGAACAAGGAGAAAGAGGCAGAGGCAAAACGCAUCCGCGAACAAACUGAAAAGGCAAGAGGACCGUCAUUGAUGGCACAACACAGAGAGUCAAAUCCAGAAAGCAAGGAUGACGACCCUAGUAAACGUGCAUUUAAUAGAGAGAAGGACAUUGGUGGAAGCUCGCUUGGUCUUGUCGACAAGAAGGACUUGCUCAACAAGGCUUCCAACUUUGGCUCAAAGUUCUCUGGUGGUGGCUAUUUGUAG